AUGAAAUCAUUUAAACCAUCGCAUAGAUAUAUGCACACCACUACACUUGUAAAUAAUAAAUUAUAUAUUUUGGGCGGGCACCAAAGUAUUAACUCAACUAUAGAUGCCGGCAAAGAGUUUUUUUAUCUCGAUGUAUCGAUUUCAUUCAAUGCUCAAAAUUUAUUAUGGUAUGAUUUAACAAGCAUUAAUAUCAUCCCAACACAUGCUUUUGCAACUACUGUUAGAGGAGUAAAUAACGAUGCAUUAAUUGUAUAUGGAGGAAGAAAUUUAACAAAUGCGGAAACCAUGGCCCUAAUUUAUGUGUUCGAUACACAAAGUAAUUCAUGGUAUAUUCCAUCGACAACGGGAGUAAAUUAUGUCAAAAGGAGAGGACUAACAGCCGAGAUGGAUGAUAAUGGGAAGGUAUACUUAUUUGGUGGAUGGUUAAUAGAUGGUGACUAUGUAAAUGAAAUGCUCAUUUUAGAUACUGUAAAUUUAACAUGGAGACAAGGGAGUUCUCUAGACGCACCCACUCCAAGGAUUAAUUAUGGGGCUGUUUUUUUGCCUAAUCAAAAUAUCAUUUACUUGGGUGGGAUGAUGCAUACUAAUGAAAAUUCACCAUUAAAUGAGGUAAAUUAUUAA